GAUGGUUUUUAUAGUCCCAACAACAAAUUUCUGAUUUUGUAGUCUCUCUUCAUGAUCCUUAAUUUGGACGACAUGAACACACCCCAAUAAAAGGGUUUUUUAUUAAUGAGAGAAAGCAAAGCAGCCUCAUUUAAAACUCCUAUUCCCCUUGACUUUGGUUCUCAAAUUUAGCUCUUGUUAAGAAGAGUAGCACAAAACUUAUUAAGCUCUCUUUUCCUACCAAACUCAUCGUAAUCUUCACAUAAACACACUCUAAUUUUGGUUAUCCUAAAAAGGCGGCCGAAGCUUCGGAAUCAGACCCCUUUCCAGCCGGCAUAUUUUGGCUUUCGAUGAGCUGAACAACACUACCACUUGUUUAGUAGUGCUUUUCCUUCAGCUUAACACAGCUUCUUCACUAAUCGCUUUUACACUCUUGCAUUAAUGGUUCAAUCUCUUUUUCAGAGAUAACAACUAAAAGGGUAGUCUUCCCUUGUUUUUCAAACUUGAAGAGAAGAGGCCUUAUUGGUUCAAAACUCAUUUGAAGUUGUCUUAAGGUUAAGAAAAGAGAAACAUGGAAGAAAAGACUGAGAUGGAUAAGGUUGAUGAUGUUAUGUUACCUGGUUUUCGGUUUCACCCUACAGAUGAGGAGCUUGUUGGGUUUUACCUCAACAGAAAAGUUCAACAACGUCCUCUUCCUAUUGAGCUCAUCAAGCAAGUUGACAUAUACAAAUACGAUCCUUGGGAUCUUCCUAACCUGGCGAGUACAGGAGAGAAAGAAUGGUAUUUCUACUGCCCCAGGGACAGGAAGUACAGAAACAGUGCUCGGCCUAAUCGAGUGACCGGAGCAGGGUUUUGGAAAGCUACAGGGACAGACAGGCCUAUUUACUCCUCUGAUGGAACCAAGUGUAUUGGCUUGAAAAAGUCUCUUGUGUUCUAUAGAGGCAGAGCUGCUAAAGGCAUGAAAACUGACUGGAUGAUGCAUGAGUUUCGUUUGCCUUCUUUGACAGACUCAGCAGCACCACCCAAGAAGCUUUUGGAUAAAAGCUUUCCUGCCCAUGAUGCAUGGGCCAUUUGCAGGAUAUUCAAGAAGACAAACUCCAUGGCACAACGAGCUCUUUCUCAUUCUUGGGUCUCUCCUUUACACGGAAUUAUUACACCAGGGGAUAUACUCACUACUCAAAGUCCAAACUGUGCAACUCAGUUUAGUCAAGAUAACAUUCAGCUUUGCUGUAAUGGUGAGUUUUAUCCACCACAACAACAGCAACCCCACUCUUCAGUCAGUUUUUCAGCUCAAGAUAUCCAUCCUUACAGGCCCAUUAGCUCUUUUACAAAUGGGGAAUUUCCCAAUGAAUUUAUGUUCUCUCCAUCAGAGCUUUCUGGACAAAUCAAGUCAACAGUUGACUCAGCUUCCAUGAUUUUGAGCCCUGGAAUGAUUGGAAACCUGAGUAACGGCUCUGAAAGUACUGUGGAUGAGUUCAGCGGCUUCUCUAUUAGUCUUCCUAAUGAUAAUAUGCAUGGCACCAUGGAGACAGCAGCAGCUGAAGAAGAAGACUUGACAGGUUUAAAGAAAAACCCAGAAGCAGUUCAGAUCAAUAAUCAAUGGGGAGGCAUUAGAUCAAUUGGAUUUCCUUUCACUUUGCCUCCAAAUGAUACUUGGAAGCCAACUCUGUUUUGGGACUCAGAUUCACCACCCUGUCCUAGUGAUAUGUCCGCUAGUUAUUCCACAAACAAAUGUUACAAUUAGUUAAGUUUAAUGAUACACAAGAAUAGAAAAAUCUUUGGUACCAGGCCGGUACUAGUACCCUUUUGAGCCUUGUUAAAGAUUUAUUAUCCAAAGAUAGAAAGAAGGUUCACUAGUACUGGUUGGUACCUGUCCGGUACCUUAGAUGACUUAUCAUAGAAAGUUAGCCUUUCUUUUUGGGUGCUUUUUUAUUAUGUUUUGAGACAUUUGUUAGAAAAAUAUGUUACUCUUUUGCUCUAUUCUUGUACAGUUAUCUACAUUUGAAUUAUACAAGUUAGACUAUUUAUA